AUGGUUUACACCAUCGUCGUCCACCUGUACGCCAAGGAGGGCAAGGAAGUCGAAGAGAAGCUACGCAACAAGCUCAUUGAGGCCUCGCAGGUGUACUCGAAGGACACUGAGACCAUUGACUGGCACGUCAUGCAGGACCACGAGGACCCGCGCAAGUGGUGCAUCGUCGAGCGCUACGAGCACGAGAGCAGUCAGAAGUACCACCUGGGCAACCCGUACUGGAAGACCUUUGACCCGUACGUCAUGCCACUCUUGGACAAGCCAAUGGACCUGCGUCGCUUCAACGAGCUGGACACGAGCAAGCCUGUGCACGUUGUCGAGUGA